AUGAAUCAACCCGAACGUUAUGAGCUCAUUGAGCUCAUGGGAUUGCCCAAAGUCACUUAUAAUUUAGACAGUAAAUCCCCAAAUGCUGCCGUUAUAACGAUUGAGAAAGAAGAUCACUCCUUGGCAAACAUGUUGGCACAACAAUUAUUGACAGAUGAACGGGUGCUUUUUGCAGGAUACAAGGUUCCCCAUCCUUUAAAUCAUAAUUUUAUCUUGAGAGUACAAACCACCGAAGAAUGUACUCCGAAACAGGCAAUUGUUGACGCAGCCAAGGCGCUCAUCACCCACCUGGAAGAAAUUAAAGUGAACUUUAUGAGGGAAUGGGAACUUAAGAUGAUUUCUGUAGAAGGAGUGGAAAUGGAGUUUUCUUAA